AUGUCCCGCUCAACCGAAAAGCCCACAGUUCUCCUUGUCCACGGAGCAUGGCAUAAUGCUUCAUGCUGGGACUCUACUCGCGCUGAGCUCAAGAAGCUCUCCUACCCAACCGAGGCAGUGCAAUUGAAGAGUUCAGGCAAUGCCGUGACCACGCAUUUAGAGGACACCGCUAUUAUCCGUAAGACAUUGGAGUCCUUGAUCGUGGCAGAAGGCAAGGUCGUCAUCCUCGUUAUGCACUCAUAUGGAGGCGUGGCAGGAACAAACGCAGUGCAUGGGCUGGAAGCCGCUGCCCGUCAGGAGAAGGGCGAGAAAGGCGGCAUCAUCCAUUGCCUUUUCGUCGCUGCUUUCCUGGUGCCCAAGGGCGGCAGCCUUAUAGGAAUGUUUGAUGAAGCACCACCCUACGUCUACACUGAUCCACAAGACUCGAGCUUUCUACUCGUCAAAGAUCCCAAAGACGUCUUCUACAACGAUGUCUCCCCGGAUGUCGCUGAACCCUGGACUUCGCAAUUCCAACCUCAGUCCACUGCGAGCUUUGCAUCUACAGUCGAUUCAGUGGCUUGGGAGAGCGGCUUGGUACCCUGCACGUAUAUCAUGUGCGAGAAGGAUCAAGGGGUGUACUUCUGGCUUCAACAGAAAAUGCUUGAUCGUGUGACCAAAGAAUCUGGAAAACCGUGGAAGGUCGAGAAGACGGAUUCGAGUCACAGUGCUUGGCUAACACAGGUGCCAACAAUUGUUCGAUUGAUCGAAGCUGCAGCUAGCGCUUGA